CCAAUUACCCUCUGUUCGCUCUCCCUCCCCCGGUCCUGGCCACAUUCCAGACCGUCCGCCGUCCGCCCUCUCUUCUUACAACCCACUCCCCUCUUCGUCUUACAACCCACUCCCCUCCUCAUCGUCCUACAACCCGACCCAUAGACCAGGAGUAACACCACGACCACGACCAAGAGGCGACUCCUCAGUGUCCGAAGCACAGAGGAUAUCAGUGGCUGCGUUUAGGGAGGCACAGGCGAGACGGAGCGCGGCGGGGAGUCCGGUGAAUAGUCCGAGUCCGAGACUUGGUGCGUCGAUGCCUGUUUCUGCUUCGAGUUCGCCAAGUGCGAGUGGAGUGAGUCCGAGGUUAUCAGCCGCGACUGUGGUUGGGCGAGGAAAUUCACCUCAGAUGGCUGCGGCUGCGAGAGGUCCGCAGGGGAGGCCAUUAUUCGCGAAUCAGGACGAGACGUCAUCGGAGGAAUCGGAGGAAGAAUCAGAGUCGGAGGGUGGGGAGCAGGAGGGAGAGGAGUCGGACGAGGAGGAUAACGUACCUCUUGGACGGGGGCGGAUGGCUGGGGUUGUGGUUGCGAAGAUGGGUGGACAUGGGAGGGAAGGCGCGACCGGAGGAGGAGGUGGUGGUACUGGAAGAGAAGGACAGGGUAGAGAAGGGAGAGACGCAAGAGAAGGACAGGCAAGAGAGCCAAGAGACGAAAGCACGGUGAGGCCCGUCUCGAGGAAACGGACGAUCACCCAGCGGAGCGCGAAGGCGGCGAGCGAGAUGGGACAUCGGACGAGUAGGGGGGAUGGGCUCGACUCCCACGUUACUUCUAAUGCCAACUUUGACGGCAACGGUGGGGGGAAUACCAACUUCAGCGGGAAUGGUGGCGGGAUGGGCAGUGGAGGUGGGGUGGGGGCGACGCAGAGUACGACUCAGUUGGCGAGUUAUACAAAUGGGGCGGGUGGGAGCGAGGGCAUGAGAGGUAUGGCGAGUCGGUCGACUUCGGCGUUGGUUGGUGUUGGGGGUGGUGUUGGUGGGGCGACUGGGAGAAGUGGGAGUACGGUGGCGGUGGCGCCUGCGGGGACGGGGACGAGUGGAGCACCAAUCCCCCGCCCUCAACCCCAUCCCUCACACAUCCCCCUCCCCCGCCCUCUAACUUCAACCACCCGCCCUUACUCCUCCUUCCACAACUCAUCUUCCUCUUCCGCUUCAACAUCCAACUCCUCCUCUUCUUCUUCAUCCGACUCCGAUUCCGACGAGGAGACAAGAGAAGGAGAAGAAGAAGGAGAAGGAGAUUCAGACGACGCACCCCUCGCGACACUCUUACCCCCCUCCCGACCCGGCUCAGCCUAUUCGAAUCGGUCCAACCCCAACCUUGCACACAAUAAUACUGGUGGCGGGAUGCUUGGUGUCACCGGUGGAUUCGGAAUCGGAGCGCUCAUGCCGAGACCGCCGUCCCGAUUGAACGAAGGCGCCGGCGCCGGCGCACCGAGAGCGAGGACGCAGAGUGGGCCGAAACAGGUGCAGGCGACGACGGGGCCGUUGAUCGAUAUUGGGGCGUUGACGGGGGGGUUGUUCGGAGGGUUGGCGGGGAAGAUACAGCAGACACAAUCGGCUUCGCCCGCGCAAGGACGGGGAAGGUCACCGAUUCCGUCGCCCUCACCUUCACAGGGACAAGCACGACCACAGGGAUACGGACAAGCACAGGGAGAGCCCUGUCCGCCCAUCCCACCUUCCAAAUCCAUGUCUUUACCUCCUUGGAGCUCACAAUCACACGCCCCCUCACACUCACCGAUACCGACGACGACAGGAAGAUCGCCACCGACGACAACAGCAAGAUCACCACCGCCGACGACAGCGCGAACACCACCGCCGCCGCCUCCGAAACCGAUUCCGAUACCUGAUCCUGUGUCUACGUUCGCGAGGCCGAUCCCGGGGCGGACGGUGGAUGGUUCGGAGUUGGGGAUGGGGAUGUCUGGGGGCGUGCGGGAAGGACUUGGAGAGGGCGGGGAUGUGGAGAGUACGGUCGUAGCGGGCGAGAAAGGCGAGAAGGUUGAGAAGGGUGAGAAGAAUGAGAGGGGCGAGAGGUUAUUCGCUGGGUUGGGAGGGUUAAGUCUCGGGAGCUUGACCGGUCUCGGAUCCUUCGUCAACGUCGGGUCAAGCUCAAGUCCAUCCCCAGCUCCAGCUGGAAACACCGGCCCCGGUCCAACUUCACCUACGACAGAACAGACAAGGGGAAGAGAACGCUCCAUGACGCUCCCCCUACCCCCACCGCCCUCCAUGAUCGACAUGACGACUCCCAUCCCGCGUUUACCCGUCCCUCUACCGCCGCCGCCGUCUGCGAUCGACGACGAGGACGAGGAUAUUGGAUUGGCGUUGGCUUAUCUUUCGAUGACUUCGCCGUCGUCUUCGUCGGGGUCGCCGCCUGGGAGUUUGUCCGACAAGGGUAAACCGCCCAGUUCAGCUUCGGACAAAGCUAAGCCGCCGACCAUAUCGUUGCCCGACAAGCCACAACCACAGACGCAGGCGCAGACGAAGGAGAAGGAUCCGAACGAGGGCAUGGUCAUCGUCCCGAAACAGAGACGGGAGAGUCUGGGCGUCACGGAGCGGUUAGCGGCACUAACGAGAGCACAGGGUCUGAAGAAAGACGCGGAGAGGGAGGCGGCAGCAGCUGAGGUCGCGCGCGAGAAGGAGAAGGAUGGGAAGAGGGAGGGCUUGACGCCGGUGCUCAAGGUUGAUACGUUCACGGCUUCGCCGGGCUCGAUGUAUUCGACGCCACAGUCUGCGUAUUUCUCCGCGAUGGACUCUACCUCUGCUCCCGCCCCAGCACCGUCAAGCCAAGCGCCAGUACCGGCACAGACGAACGAAUCGAGGUCGAUCUUUGGGAAACCGAGGCGGCCGGGGCAUGCAAGGUCUGUUUCUGCGACGUCGUUCGGGUCUGGGAAUAUGUUGGGCGAUACGCCGGUCGACGAUGCUCAGCAGCACGGUUUCACGACGACGACCGGGCCUGGUUUGGGGGUGGAUGGCGGUGAGGAUAGAGAUAGGAUCGUGCCGACGCCGAUUAAGGAGAGGAGGCCACCACCGAGCUUUAGUGUGAUGAGUCGGCCGGUCAGCCAUGCGAGUUCGGGGAGCGCGGGGACAUUGAGUGGGAUCAUGGGGAAUAGUUCCACGUCUGCUUCUGCCUCUGCUUCUGCGCCGGAUACCUCGGAUCCUGCGAAGACGGGGAUGACGGCGGCUGUGAGGGAAAGGGGGAGGGAAAGGGAGGUGGGGACGGGAUUGGGUGGUACUGGGAGGGAGAGGAGUACGAGUCGAUUGGAUGGGGAGAGGAGCACGAGUAGGCAGGAAGGCGAGAAAAAACAACUUAGGUCUGCGAUGGCCGGUUCGAGAGCUGCUGCCGCUGGUCUUGGAAUCUCGUCGUCUUUGUCCGCCUCUUCGUCCUCUAUCUCUGGUUCUAGUUCGGCUGGAGGUUCCGCUUCUGCUGCCGGUGCUGGUGUGGCAAGGCCGGGGAUCUUGAGGAAUAAGCAUCAUAGACAACGAUCUUAUGAUCUGAACACCACUGCAGCCGUUACUGCGACCACCACCACCACCUCUUCCUCGCAACCCGCUCCGCCUCGUUCAGCGCCUCAAGCCCGUUCACAAACCCAGCCCUUCCUACCAAAUCAUUCCUCACAACAACAACAACAACACCCUGCACAUCCACAUCCGCCACAUCCCUCAUACUCGUACGAUCACCCGCAACAGCCCCAACGUCCCUUCGGUAGCUCUGGGUUCCUACGUGAUGGCUCGCCCGCGAGUUCCACCGGCGAUUCAUCUUUGAGCGGGAGCGGGAGAAUUCCUAUUACGCCGAGGGAUGGGAGUGAAGUCGCGGGACCUGCUUCGAAUUCGUCGGCAUUCCCGUGGUCGCAGAAGUCGAAUCAUAGUGGGUAUGGAGCGGAGUCAAAGAGUUCACUUGGUGGACUUUCAGCGAAUGCGAGAGGGAGUGGUGCGGUGGCUAGACCGCCGCAUGUGAGGAAGACGAGCGUGUCGUUUGAGGAGCCGGCGCCUGGGGAGCUUGAUCGGGAGCGAGAGAGGGAGCGAGAAAGGGAGAGAGAACGGAGGAGGAGUGGGGCGAGUUCGGGGGCGGGGACGGAGGUUGCGAGGGGGAGGGCGGGGAGUACGGGCACGGCACAGCAGAAGGAGGGUGAUGUGCAGGAUGAGAAGGAGAAGGAGAGGAUGGCGGAGGAGAGGAGGAAGGAGAGGAGAAGAAGGGAGACGAGGGAGGGUAUGGAGAUCAAGGAAGUCCUCCAUGGCAAAGGUCCUCUUCUCGACGAUGACGAUGAGGACGAUGAGGAUCAGCCUCUCAACAUGGGGCCGCGCAUGAUGGGCCUCAAUAUGGGCAUGAACGGUUCAUCCAUGAACCUCCUCAAUCCCGGUCCUAAUCCCGCCAUGAACAUGUCGAACAUGCCGAUGAUGAACAUGAACAUGCCGAUGGGCAUGCCCAACGGUAUGAAUAUGCCCGCCGGUAUGCCUAACAUGAACAUGGGCAACAUGGGCAUGGGCGGGAUGGGAAUGAACCCGAUGAUGGGGAUGCAGGGGAUGAAUAUGCCUGGCAUGGGGAUGGGCAUGGGGAUGGGAGGGAUGCCUGGUAUGGGCAUGAACAUGAUGCCCGGGAUGGGAGCAAUGCCCAUGGGCGGUAUGGGCGCUCCCGGCAUGGAUCCCAACAAUCCAGCAUUCGCACAAGCGCACCAACAAGCCAUGCUCAUCGCGAAACAAGCAUACCAGUUCGCGGUCGCCCAGCAGGCCAUGAAAGAGGCAGGCGAUGAGUGGGAACGAGGAUCCUCCGUUUCUGGGUGGGGAGGUGGUGGUGCCAGCCGGAAUAGUCUCAUGCCGGACCUCACGGGCGGCGGGAUGGGCAUGCUGGGCGCUGGAAUGGGGAUGGGUGGUCAACAGGGGAUGUUGUUCCCCCAUCACACCGGCGGGACGUCCUUCGGUGGUCCUAUGGGCGGUCCGGGCAUGAUGUUCCCCACGGGAUCGCGGUCGGUCUAUGGAGGCAGUGAAUAUGGUGGUUUCGGUGGUGCAGAUAGCAGGUCUGAGGUUGGCGGUGGUUGGGGAAGUAGGAGUGUAUAUGGCGAGAGCUUCGGGCCUUCCGCGGAUAAUCGAAACUCGAGAGCUUCGAUGAGGCCGCCGAUGCCGACGUCGCAGAGUACGGGCGGGUUGAUUGGCACUGCGAAUAGGGAUAGUGUCGCGGGUGGGGGUAGUCCCGGUAAUGGUGGGGCUGGUGCGGGUGGAAGACCUGGGCCGAGACCUAGGACGAGGACGGCACCGAGUUCGCCGCAGAAUCCUUUGGUAAAGGGCGUCGGACAGACUCCAAAGAAGGCGCCUGGUGGUGGGGGGUUGGUGGGGCAUGUAACACCGCCGUCGAGUUGGAGAGGCCCUCAAUAAUUUUUGGUAUUUUUUGGUCCUGGUUUCGUUGUUUGCUACCUCUUUUCGUCCAUUCCUAGGAUGUCACCUAUAUCUCAAAGCAGACUAACUCGCUAUACCGUCCCGCGUUCUCGUCGUUGUCAUUACCAAUGAACACUUGUUCGCCGUCAUAGUUUUAUCCUCGCGUUAUCAUUCGCUAUCCCAUCCCCUCAUCGCGUCUAUGGACACAUUAGAGCAUGCAUAAAUUAACGCAUACAUACAGGUCCGUUAACGAGGGGCAUACCUUAUGUGGACAAUCGUCCUACCGUUCCCUUUUUCAAUUCCACCUACUCUGCAUUCAUUCACUUACUCACGAAGCUUCUUUCUACGCUCUUUACUCACAUCUUCUCAUCUUCUUCCUAGCAUACGUAUGUAUCAUCUCUCAACUGCAUGAACUCUUCAAACCGAACUAACUUACCUGCUCUCAUUGACUUUUAUUCUCUUUACGCCCAUCGCUUCUUUCCUUUCCUUUCCUUUCCUUUUAUUAUCUCUCUCUCUCUCUCUCUCAACUCAUCCAUCUCUCUCUCCUCUCUAUUUACGUCAAAACGCAUCUUUCCGGACUCAGUAUUCAGGUAUGAAUUCGGAGCGAGACGUGUGUACUCUUUCCUCUUCUCUCAGGUCUAUCUAUCAUCCAUCUAUAUAUCCUCCACUCACGUCGUUUGGCUCCCCUAGUUGC